AUGACAAGAAUUAUUAGACAAGAUUCUUCAGGGAGUUCCGAAAAAACAGAUGCUACCUUUAGCUCUAGUGUUUCAAACGAUUCGUCUGUCACUAUGGUGCUCGAUUCGAAUGACACACUCAGGUUUAGUAACAAGUGGAUAAAGGAUUCUUCAGAUCGCACAAUCCUCUUUCGCGGUAUAAAUUUGUCGGGUGCCUCUAAAAAUCCUGCUAGCCCUCCAAUACCUUCUCAUCAACUUGAAGGUUUUUUCGAUCACCGUAACGUCAACUUUAUUGGCAGACCUUUUCAUUUGAACGAAGCUGACCAACAUUUUGCUCGUCUGAAACAUUGGGGUUUUAACUUUUUGAGAUUUAUUGUGACUUGGGAGGCACUCGAACACUCAGGACCUGGUAUUUAUGAUAUGGAAUUCAUAGAUUUCAUCAUAAAGGUUCUGAUCAAAGCCAGAGAAUAUGGUUUCAGGUGUUUCAUCGAUCCACACCAGGACGUGUGGUCAAGAUUUUCCGGCGGUUCAGGCGCACCAGGAUGGACAUUAGACCUCGUAGGUUUUAAUAUGAGAAAUUUUGCUGCUACCGACGCCGCGAUUGUUCAUAAUACGUAUAAAGACUUGGAAAAUUUUCCAAAGAUGGUUUGGUCAACUAAUUAUUAUAAGCUUGUAUCUGCUACGAUGUUUACUUUAUUCUACUCGGGCAGUUUAUAUGCCAAGAAAUGCAUUGUGGAUGGUGUUAAUAUACAAGAAUAUCUACAAUCACAUUUUUGUAACGCAUAUAAAGUGUUGGCGGAAAAAAUAUGUGAGGCUCAACUUCACGACUCGACGGUGAUCGGAUUUGAUACAAUAAAUGAACCAAGUUGGGGCUUAGUGGGUACCAAGGACCUUAGCAAAAUUCCCGAAUUCCAGGAAUACCGAAGAGGAAGGAUUCCCACACCUUUUCAGGCCAUGCUUUUAGGAGAAGGAGUACCUUGCACUUUGGAAGUGUGGGACAUCGUUUGGUAUGGAUUUGGCGUUGUCGGUAAGGAAAGAAUUGAUCCCAUGGGUAAGACAGCUUGGCUCGAGGAAGAUCCCGAAGGAUAUUCGUGGGAAAAAGGUUCGGAAUUUCCGAGAGGAUGCAUAUGGGCCGGCCAUGGGGUUUGGGACAAAGAGACCAAGAAACUGUUGCGCCCGGAUUACUUUGCCACAAAUCCAAAUACCGGAAAGGAACCUGAUUGGAAUCAAGAAUGCCUGAAGCCGUUCAUCGAAAGAUAUGCUCGUACCAUCCGUUCAGUUUUCCCCAACGCUAUCAUAUUUGUUCAACCACCUGUAUUGGAAAAACCUCCCAGCUUCGAUAAGUUAGAUGAGCUAAAUGAGCGUAUUAUUUAUUCACCUCAUUGGUAUGAUGGGAUGACGUUAGUACAAAAAAAAUUCAAUUGGUGGACCAUCGAUUUUCUAGGAAUCAAACGCGGAAAAUACAAAGGAGUUGUUCAGGCGUUCAAAAUUGGAGAUCGAGCUAUUAAGAGAAGCUUUGUUGAGCAACUCAAAUUAAUCAAAGAAGAAGGGGAAGAAUUACUGGGCGAAGUUCCAUGCAUAAUCGGAGAAAUAGGUAUUCCUUAUGACAUGCAAAAUAAAAAGGCGUACAGGGAUGGUGACUAUUCUCAACAAAUCAAAGCCAUGGAAGCGAGUAUACAAGCACUCGAGGCUAAUCUUUUAAGUUUUACUUUGUGGAAUUAUUGCCCCGACAACAAUCACAAAUGGGGUGACCAAUGGAACGGCGAGGAUCUUAGCAUUUAUUCACAAGAUACGAACACCGAAAAAGUCCAUUCAAUGAUGUCGUCCGGUUCAACUCAAGCAUUGGAUGUAGGAGGUAGAGCAUUGGAAUCUUUACUUCGACCUUUUCCGGUCAAGACCAACGGGGAACCCUUAUCUUUAAAGUUCAAUCCUUACAAAAAAUAUUUCGAAUACGUGUUCAAAAAUCCCGAAAAUCCAUCUGCCGACUCGCCGACAGAAAUAUAUUUACCAAUACAUCACUUUAGCGAGGCUGACGAUUUCAACAUAUAUCAUAGUAGUGGGAAAUGGAAAUGGGAUAAGGCAUCACAAUUGCUACUUUACUGGCAUGAUGUUGGUGAUCCGGAGGAUAAUGAAGAAGAAAAUCAUUUGAUCCAUAAAAUCAUUGUAGAAAGCAACAGGAGGAAUUACGAUGAAAGCGUUUGGGAUGAUUGCUGUUAA